CAAACAGAUACUUCCGCUCUGCUUCAUCUAGAAAUACUAAAGAGAAAUACUUGGCAUUAACUCGUAUGACACACAAAAAAGUACAAUAAUUUGCGGUUCAAGUAAUACAGCCUGAACAAGUGCCAGCAGGAUAUUCAAGAGGAAUCCAUCAGGAGUCCAGAUUUGACUGAAUAUUCGAGUCUUAGCCUGGUCACGUAAUUAAGUCCAGCACUUUGUAAAGAUGGAUUUCCAGCAUCGAGCUGGAGGGAAGACGGGGAGUGGCGGGGUGGCUUCUGCCUCAGAGAGUAACCGUGACAGACGGGAACGGUUACGUCAGCUGGCCCUGGAGACCAUCGACAUCAACAAAGACCCCUACUUCAUGAAGAAUCACUUGGGAUCAUAUGAGUGCAAACUUUGUCUGACACUUCAUAACAAUGAGGGUAGCUACUUGGCUCACACACAAGGAAAGAAACAUCAGACUAACUUAGCACGGAGAGCAGCCAAAGAGGCGAAAGAAGCUCCUGCUCAACCAGCUCCAGCAAAAGUGAAAGUUGAGGUCAAGAAGUUUGUCAAAAUUGGUAGACCGGGUUACAAAGUAACCAAACAGAGAGACCCAGAGACGGGACAGCAAUCUUUACUUUUCCAGAUUGACUAUCCAGAGAUUGCUGAAGGAAUUGGUCCCAGGCAUCGUUUCAUGUCUGCUUACGAACAGCGAAUUGAGCCCCCUGAUCGUCGCUGGCAGUAUUUGCUGUUUGCUGCUGAACCUUAUGAAACCAUUGCUUUCAAGGUCCCCAGCAGGGAAAUUGAUAAAGCAGAAAAUCGCUUCUGGACCCACUGGAAUAAAGAAACAAAACAGUUCUUCCUUCAAUUCCACUUCAAAAUGGAGAAGACUAUUCUGCAGUCUGGCGGUCCAGCACCUCCUGCCAGUGUAAAGCACCCGCCACCACUCAUGACUGGAGGUCCUCGCCCACCUAAUGACAGUCUGCCUCCUCCCCCACCUGGAGGGAUGCCCAUCCCUCCUCUUCCACCUGGGGCACCAGGUACACCCCAGAUGCCCCCUCAGAUGGCCAUGCCCCCAAUGCCAAUGAGGCCUCCCCCUCCAGAAGGCCUCACAAUCCCGAAUAACUGAUCUGCUACCAUUGAUUUAUGAUGACUGUCUGUCACAGUAAUCAGUCACUCUGCCCUGACUGUCCACAAGGUCCAUCUAACUUUAAAAAUAUCUUCAGUAGAUAUUUAUACAUUUGUGUGGUCAAGGUAAAUAAGACAAGUCAGUAAUAAAAACAUUGUCUUUAUUUUCUUUUUUUUAGUUUUUUAUUAUUGUGUGGAUACAGAGCUAUGAUGGAUAGUUCAUCUUUUGAAAUUGUGAUUUUGUAAUUAAAUGCAGACGUUAAACUGUA